GCAACAACAACAACUACCGCCGACGACCACGGGGAAAUUCCCACCUUGACCUCACCCCGCGAGCGAACUGAUGGUAAGCCUAGGGGUAUGCUAGGCCUAGACAGGAUUGAGUGGUUCGUGUUGGUAAAUACUGUAAUUAGAAAAUAAGUUUAUCCAAAUAUGUCAAAUCCACGUCAACGUAAACAAAGACUUCAGGGUGGUGCCUUUGGCAGAGGGGCUGCAAGACCAGGAGCAAAACCAAGAGGACUUCCAGAUCCAGAACCAGAGUCAUUGGUAAAUAAUGAAAAUGGAUCCAUCAGCAGGUUUGCAGGACAACAGAUGGGGGUAGCUGGAGGCCAGAGUCUCACUUACGAAGAUCCAAACAUUGAUAGAAGGGCACCUACAGAAUACGAGCUAAUCGAGGAUAAAGGAACAUAUGUAAUCAGUGAGAAACCUUCUGGGCCAGCCAUAAUUGAAUUGUAUCCAGAUUUUUUAAGUGAAGAUGAAGCUCUAGGCAUAUUUAACUCUUUAUGUAGCGCUUUGCCAUGGUCACAAAAAAUCAACAAAAAGGAUGAUUUCACAUUUAUGGAGCCCAGACUAACUGUCUGGUAUGGUGAUAUCCGUUACAAGUAUUCCGGAGUAACACAAGAAGCCACAAAAUCGUGGCAUCCUGUACUAGAAGAUUUACGUGAAAGAAUAACAAAAAAAACUGGUUUGAAAUUCAACUCCAUGCUUGGGAACUUGUACAGAGAUGGACAUGAUAGUGUAGCAUGGCACAGUGAUAACGAAUAUUCUCUUGGUACGAAUCCUACAAUUGCUUCGUUGUCAUUUGGUGAAACUCGUGCUUUUCAACUACGGAAAAAUCCUGAGAAUUUCGAAGACACUUACGAGUUUACAGAUAAAAAGCAAAUUAACCUGACCAACGGGUGUCUGUUGCUGAUGAAGGGCGCUGUACAGGAAGAUUGGCAGCAUCGAGUACCAAAGGAAUACCAUGACAGACGGAUGAGGAUUAAUUUGACGUUCAGAACAAUUUAUUCUGAGUGAUUUAUUAUCCACCACAUAGCGUUGUACAAACCAUGAAAAUCUGGAAUUAAUGGCUUCAGUAUUCUAAAAAAAAUAAUUAAUAUUGAGAUAAUAGUUAUAUAUUAUAUAUUUAUUAUAUUUAAACAUUAUUAAAUAUACAUAAUACUUCGCAUCACAAGGGCACACAUCUCAAAGUAGGAUACGCAGAAAUUUGUUUUCAAAGUGUUAAAAAAAGUUCCAGUGAAACAAAAACUGUAAAAUUAUGAGAUAAGGCACUGACAGCUUCAGUAAUUUCAGAGAAAUGUUUAACAAGACUACAUGAAUUUAGAUGGAAGGUGCUAAUAGAAGAGUUAAUGUUUGCAAAAUUUGCAUUAAAACUGUCAAUGAGUUCGUAAUUGUAUUGGACGUUGUCCACAAUGACCUCGUCUUCAUCUCAUAUUAGACUGUUUAAUUUGAUAUCUGAUGGGUCAAACAUAAGGCUUACUUUAAUCAAGUUUGUGAUGAAGAAAGAAAAAAAAUAUUUUAUGCACAAAUUCACAAUCAUCAACAAUACUGUUAAAAGGAGAAACCACAUCUAUACAGAAGCAAGUCAAGAUGAACAUUAAUGAAAAAACAAAGAGUGUGAACAGAUUGGACACCAAUUUAAUAAGUGAAUGGAUAUUCCCAAUAAUUUAAGUAUGAUUCAAUAACCUUUGAUUGUUUAAUAUAAUAAUAUCAAUACGCCAUCGGAAUAAUAUAAUUAUGCCUAUGGUUGACUUAAGAAUUUGAAUGAACCUUUUAUUUUCCCAAGUGGACUGUGUUGACUAGAGAAUGUAACAUUUUGGAAGCCUCUCUUUUUUCGUAUCUCGCAUUGUAAUUUUCAUAUGAAACACUGAAGUCCAAAUAAUAUUGACUUGUUCUGAAGACAAUCCAAAAAACAUGUCAAAUGCAUGAAUUUUGCAAAAAAUCUCUUUCAAAUGGAACUUUUAAUGCUAAAAUUAAGACAAUUUGAGAAACAUUUUUAAAGAAUGAGAGUGCCAUUUCUGAGCAUGUACAGCAGUGGUGGUGCCAGUUGAGGGUCGGGGGGGCACAGAACCCCUGUUGGUAAACACUGUCGCCAAACAGCAACCUAUUUUGUUUUGGUAAACUGCUCUAAAAAUGGUUUUAGUUUAACUGUUCUAGGCAUUUAGAAGUGCCUGUUCUUAAGAUUGUUCCAAACACAAGGGGUGGGGGUGUGGCUGAGGUAAAUUUGUUCUUUGGUGGGGAACUUGUACCUCAUGUCGGACUCUCUUCGUCUGGGAAUUUCUGGUGCCAGUGUAAAAAAUUGUUUCAUUCAAAUUUUGGUUUUUCAGUUGUUGAAUAGGAUAACUACAUUAUUCUGUAUUUAAUUUACCUUAAUAUGAAGGUAGUUAGAGCCAGCAAAACUUGUGUUCCAAUAAAAUUACACCAGUAGAAAAAGA